GGCGCGGUCGUCGUCACGGAGCGGAGUUGGCGCUUGUCAUCCGGCCGCCAUUAUCUCGUAUUUGAACCGAUUGGUAAAUCAAUUAAAAUUCGCGCUGUCGUUACGUGUUUUUAGUGUUGGAUGUCGUACAAUUUCGACAAAAUUACCGAAGUGUGAUUGUUUUUUCAGUAAAAAGUGUAUUGCUGGUACAUUUAAACAGUGUUAAGUGCUAACAGUUAGGUUACUGUGUUGGGUGUUAACAUUGUGUAGGGUGGCUCCGGUCGGUCCGGAGCGGCAGGACGCGUGUGGAGCGCAUGCAGAGGGAGCGGUGAGAGCGCGCCCGGCUGGGGAGUCGGGGCGGCCGGCGGUCAAGGAACAGAGACAAUUGCCGACAUGGGGUGCGCCCAGUCGGCAGAGGAACGCGCGGCUAUUGCCCGCAGCCGUCAGAUCGAGAGGAACCUGAAAGAGGAUGGCAUCCAGGCUUCCAAAGACAUAAAGCUGUUGUUACUAGGUGCCGGUGAAUCGGGCAAGAGUACUAUAGUCAAACAAAUGAAAAUUAUCCACGAAAGUGGCUUCACGAAUGAAGACUUCAAACAGUACCGGCCGGUGGUGUACAGCAACACGAUUCAGUCGCUCGUCGCUAUCUUGCGCGCCAUGCCGAACCUUGGCAUCACUUAUGGCAAUAAGGACCGAGAGAUUGAUAGCAAGAUGGUGUUCGACGUGAUACAACGGAUGGAGGAUACGGAGCCCUUCAGCGAGGAGUUGCUAGCGGCAAUGAAGAGACUUUGGGCCGACGCCGGGGUCCAGGAAUGUUUUGGACGUUCCAACGAGUAUCAGCUCAACGAUUCAGCCAAAUAUUUCCUGGACGACCUGGACCGGUUAGGUGCUAGGGAUUACCAACCCACCGAACAAGAUAUUUUAAGAACAAGAGUCAAAACCACUGGCAUUGUUGAAGUGCACUUCUCCUUCAAAAACCUUAAUUUCAAAUUGUUCGACGUGGGUGGUCAGAGAUCUGAGAGAAAGAAAUGGAUCCACUGCUUCGAAGAUGUGACAGCGAUUAUCUUCUGCGUCGCCAUGUCCGAGUAUGACCAAGUGUUGCACGAAGACGAAACAACGAACCGCAUGCAGGAGAGUCUAAAGUUGUUCGACUCGAUCUGCAAUAACAAGUGGUUCACGGACACCAGUAUCAUCUUGUUCUUGAAUAAGAAGGACUUGUUUGAGGAGAAGAUACGCAAAUCGCCGCUCACUAUCUGUUUUCCCGAGUACACAGGCGCGCAAGAGUACGGUGAGGCGGCUGCGUAUAUCCAAGCUCAGUUCGAGGCCAAGAACAAAUCAACGACCAAGGAGAUCUACUGCCACAUGACGUGCGCCACGGACACGACCAACAUCCAGUUCGUGUUUGACGCCGUCACCGACGUCAUCAUCGCCAACAACCUACGAGGAUGCGGUCUCUACUAGAGCGAACCGGCCGGUGCGACCACGACCCACCACACGGCCACACGGCGCACACGCACAUUCCACGCUCCCAGUUGGAAGUCGGCAUUGUUUCGAAGCAUGACCCCGGACGCGCGGCAGGUUCUGUGGUCGCACUGCAAAUCGUUGUUCUCGUAGUGUGGUAGGCGCCGCCCGCCGCCCGCCGCCCGCUCGGCGCCCGCUCUACGCCCGCCGAGGUGGGGAGCGGGCUGCUCGCAGCUACGCGUAUUAUUAUAUAUUUUUAUGGGAAGUAAGCUUAUUGGAUAUACCGCCGACGUGCAGACAAGCGUCACGCUCGGGCGCGACUAGAUUCGCCUCGCUCUGUUCCAUUCCCCCUGUAUUAUAAACCGCCAUUUCUCUUCAUUCGGCGGUGUGUUUACCGACACCGCCCACCGCUCCCGGUUAGACGAUUCGUUCUCGACGAAUGCGAAUUAGUGAUCUAGUGUUCAAUUCUAAAUUUUGGUGCUAGGCAUUGGAAUAGUGUUUCGUUCGUGCAAGGGGUAGUUCGCGGUCUAGUCGCGGCGCCGCGGCGGGCGCUGCCUGUCCCGUGUGGCGCGGGCGGCGGCUCGGCGGCCGCCGGCGGCGCCCCCUGCCGGUACAGCCGCCGGCGGCCGCGCGAGUCGGCCCUCGGGAGCUCCGGCAACAAAUGUGCUUAUAUACUCACUCUCUUACGGACCAAAACAGAAAGGAACCAAUAUUUAGUACUGAAAAACACGGUAGUGAGAUGCAUGAAUACGUUCACAGGCCUACUUUAACUGAUACAUCAUUCCAUUAUUAAGUAUUAUAUCGCUUACGAUGAGAAAUUUAUUUUUUAUAAACUUUUGAAUGCACAUAACUGCUGUCGGGUUAAGAUGUUAGCAUUUAUUUUACAUACCUUGAAUCGUUGUGUAAGCUAAGCGCAGUGUCAUCCUCCGAGUGUGUUUACUUUAAGCGUCAUAUUAUGCACAAUUUAUUUACUCGUGUAAGCAUCAAUAAUUACGUAAUGCCAUAUAAAAUCUUAAAUAUUUUUUGUGUUCAUAUUUUUUCUAUAUCACUUUACAGUUAACCUUAAGGUGUAGCCAUUUAAGAUCUAUUCUUGUAUUCAAUUAUAAAAUCAUAUUAGGUAUUUAUUUCGUCUAGCAUACUCGUGUAUUGAAGGUGGUAUAGUGUAAACUUGUCAUGUUUAAUUUUGUAUUUAAGUGAUUAACCAAUGUUUAUGGUCAUGUUAAUGUUUGUCAUUAUGUUGUGGAGCUGGAGUGGAGUCUGUAAUGGUGAGAAAGGGGUUGUAAGUAACGAACGGUCGCCGGCCGUUCGUGCAACGCACCACGGUUAGGAUGCGGCCGCGGCGGCACUGUCGCGCAUCAAGUGUAAGAUAUGUGAGUAUAUAAACUUUGUAUACACUCGCGAAUUGGCGUAAUCAAACUCUAUACAUAUAUAUACUAUAUAACAUAAUUUAUUAUUAAUAAUAAAAUAAAAAUCUUACUUUUAAGCAUUAGGGCAGUAACUGUAUCAAUAAACAUUAAUUAAUAAUGCAAUUAGACAGUAACCUUUACUAUUGUCAUAAUUAGGUGAUUUAUUUUCAUUUUAUGUUUAUGAGUAUGUAAAAAGUGAUUAAAUGCGGAAUGUAACGCCUACACUGUGACCGAGCGGGCCAUUCGCCAGAGCGUUUAUUAGACACACGAUCGUCGACGUUAACAAUUAAGGUUGCUGAAGACCAAAGAUUUCAUUACUAAUCACUAUCUAAUUUUAAGAAAGUGGAAAUUAGGUGUCGGUGAACUCUGAAGGUUUUGUGAAGCGAAACGCGGAGGAGCCACGGCUUCCGUCUGACUAAUGUGGCAGCGGCUGCGACUGGCAGCAGCUGCGACUGGCAGCUAGCUGCGGUCGGCGGCCGCUUCGCGCGCGUGUGAGUGGCCCGCCGCCGAGCGGCCACCGCUCAUUUGUUGCUAGUAGGUUUUUUACUGUUAUGUAACAAUAUGUGUACGUAAACUAAUAAAAAAUAAUUAGCGCAGUUCUACAUUCAACCCGAAACCUAAAUUUAAGUAAGCUUCACACUACAUUGAAAGUUUUAAAGUGUGAAUGUUGAAUGUCUUCGCUGUUGGAAUAGGGGUCUCAUCGCAUCGGUACGAUGUGUUCCAUGGUGUAUGACCGGUGCCGGUGUGUGUAUGUUAGGGGAGGGCCCAGGGGCGCGGCCGGCCACCGGUGUGCCGUCGUCGCUUCAUUGUCGCAUCAUUGUCGCACGUGGACGCGCGACAUUUGCAUUGGACUGCAGGAAUGUAUUAAGCCUCCAACACCGGCCGCCCUGCUCCCUCCCGCCCGCUAAGUUCAUAUAUCGACCGAGCAGAUAUCGUAGAGAUUGAUUAAGGUCGUCAGUUUCGCAUUUUAAUGUGUUCCUCCGCCGCUAAACAUUUAACUUGUAUGCUUUAAUAUUUCGAGUGAAUGUGAUGUAAAUUUUGUACACUGCCGCAUUGUUUAUUCGCUCGAAUCACAUUUAGUUUUUAAGAUUUGAGACAGUGACCGAAACGCACACGCCACUAAACGAAAUGUUUGUUUGGGACACAAAAUGUUCGCACAAAUGAUAGACUCGCGUAAGGACGUACGCGCGCUUCGCUCGCAGGCGACGUGCCCGGCCCCGGCACCCGGUGACCACUCGUCUCUACGCUCAAACUGACUUGUCGGCCAAACGUUACAUCGCGUGGUAUGUGCGUAGGCUUCUUAUUUGAAGACUGAAUUGAUGCGGCUCAAAAUGUUCUCGCGCUUUAUUAGAUCCACGACGGGGGAAGUUUAUUACAGAUUUUUUUAAGAGAAUUAGUAGUAUCGGGUCAUGUUAGAUGUCUUAUUGUAUAUGAUGUGGCAUGAGAUAAAUUGAUGACCACCCGGAACGACAUCUUAAUAAAUUAGCAAAUCGAGCGACGUUCAGUUAUUCUUUAAUAUUAAACGCUGAAUCUUUAUCACAAUGUUGUCGAUCUAUAAACAAUAUCACCAUGCUUCAUUCAUAUUUGCCAAAGUUAAUACUAACCUCACUAUUUAUACUGUAUGUUCUUUGAUAACUAAAUUAUGUCUGAGAUCGCGGUGAGGGCGGAGACGCGCCGCACGCAUCGCCGUCGACGCGGCCCCGGCGUCAUUAUAGUCGUACGGUUAACGGUACUGAUCAGAGUACAAUGUUGAAAAAUAUCUUAUUUAGAAUUGAUGACAUGUAAACAUUUAUUUCUAGCGCGUGCGAGAGACCGCUCGGCGUGCGUGUGUUGUCUGCGUACUUGUUCUCGUACAGUCGUAAUGAGCGAUCGCUGUACUCGUGCGCGUUGUAACUAUUGAGCUGCAUGUACUUGUACGCUCCACAUAACGUAGCCGACGAAAACAUGCCGAGCGGUCUCAUCUAUUGAACAAAAGUUUAAGAAAGUAAAAUUUUUAGUCACUAGUGGGUAAUUUUUGAAUGUGAUUCAAUCUUAUCUUUAUUUUUCUAUAUCGAGUGACGUCUUAACUUUUAUUUCUUUACGUUCCAUCUUAUGUUUUUGUAAAAGCAUUUACUGGAAGCGAUGUAUUUAACCAACGAUCUAAUUAAAUCAAUAUUUUCUCUUUAUGUAUCUCGUCUGCACUGGUAUUUUUUAUUGAAAUUACUAUAAAUGUACUUUUAAGUGUAUAAUUUUAAAUAAUUACUGAAAAUGAUUAUAUUCUAAUUUUUAUGUUCAAAUAA